AUCUAUGAAGGGAUUACGAUUGAAAAUUCAUUAACUUAAGUGGGAUUUAAAUCUGUUCCAUUAUUUCACGCCGUCACUCGAAAGGGAAUCACAUGGGUAAGCGCCUGGAAGCUGUUUAAUAUUAAUUGCCUUUUGAUGUAUGUAUGUGGUGGUGACAAUUAAUUUUUUGAUUUUUUUUCUUAGCUUGGAUAUAGCAAUUCUACGAAAGUCACUGUUCCAGUCGGAACAGAAUAAUCAACAGCAAUUCACAGUUGCUUCCGGUAGCCAUAAUGGUUCCACGACUAAUCACUCGUCCAGUCAUUCUCCAUCCGUGGCGGGUGAAUCGAUAGACGUUAAAGUGGAAAUCACGCCUCCCGUAGGAUCGGACAAUCCGCAACUAGCUCAGUCCUUCUCAGUAGACUCAAACUCCAGCAACGCCAACAACUGCACACUCAACAUGACAGAUUUCCAGUCGAAAACCGCACUGCCGAGUCCUCAGGCAAGAAAACUGUCCGAAAUAGUAACCGACACGGCAUUUCUCAGUGCAAACUCCAGCUUCAACCGGUUGAAUCCAUCCCCCACGGGCACCACCUCGACUAGAUUGAUCAAACGAAUCGAGGAGCUAAUGGACCUGAGCUCACCCUACAACUACUACAAGUGUCUAAGCCCUAGUGAAAGCAAUCUAUCUCAAUGCAUCGACAACCGCUACCACGGCUACCAAAUCAACCGCCUGGACUGCUCCAGCAAACCCGGAUCAACGCGUUUCCUUCGACGUCAGUUCAGCCUGGACAAAGAUGACGUCUCUCCGUCGAUGCACACCAGCCAAAAGGCAACGCUGGAUACAAUCUCCUCCAUAUCGAUCGACCGGGAGCAGCUGGCCCGAAUGGGUACCCUAUCGUCGAUCCCGUCCAUCUCUUCAACCACAUCUGUGUCGCUGGGCUCGAAGACGCAACGAGCCAUCCACAAGCAGCAAUCGGCUAGCGUAGCGCAGGACCUGGAGAAAAUCGAAGAAAUUCCCAUCUCGCCGCAGUCGUUCCUGCUGAACCACACCACCACCAGUAGCAAUAGCACCUCAAGUCUGACCUCGGAUGUGAACGACAAGACGCGAACGCGGACCUCGAUCCAGAACGGCAAGGAACUGUGUCUGAGCAUUGAGGCACUGGGGUUGAGGUGAGCGUAACUGGACCAUGUUCGGCCGGCUGGUCAUGUUCGGCUGUACAGUAGUUUGGAGCGAUGAGGCGCGAUGUUGGUCAGUGGCGAAUCGAAUGGCAAUAGCUCUGAUUGAUUAGUUGCUGGGAUUCAUUAGAGUGACUCAAUUUAUCACAUAGAUUUUCGACUCAUGGUUUCAUAAUGUACUUUGUACACUUUUACCACUUGCGUAAAAAGAGGGAGUUCAA